AUGCCUCAGGACGAGCAGACGCUUAGGAUGGAUAACCCAACUCCUGAUGAGUCCCUAGGAAAGCAAAACGAAAACUUGCAAAACCAGGAUGAAGAAUUGGGAUUUAAGGAAAUGGAUGGUCUGAGAGAAGCUUUGGCCAACCUUAGGGGACUUUCUGAGGAAGAGAAGGGCGAGAAGGCAAUGCUCCGCUCCCGCAUCCAAGAGCAAUCCCAGCUCAUCUGCAUCCUGAAACGCAGAUCCGAUGAGGCUCUGGAACGCUGCCAGAUCCUGGAACUGCUCAACAAUGAGCUGGAGGAGAAGAGGAUGCAGGAGAUAGAGAAGAUGAAGGUCCAGAGUGAUCACGUCCAAAAGCUGGAGGAUCGCUUUAUGACCCUGGCAGCCAACCACGAGAUGAUGAUCCGCUUCAAGGACGAGCACAAGAAUGCAAACCUCAAGCUGAAGGAGGAAAAUGAGAAGCUGAAGCAGGAGAAUAGCAACCUCUUCAGUCAGGCUCUGAAAGACCAGGAGGCCAAGAUACUGCAACUCACUGCAAACAACAAGGCCCUGGUGGAGGAACUGGAGGUCUUGAAACUGAGGUGUGCACACGAUACCAGCCAGGCUCAGGCCCGAGAGAAGGAGCUGCUGGGUCUGCAGACCCAGCAGGCCUGUGCUCAUGCCAAGGAGACAGAGCAGCUGCUCAGCCAGCUUCAGAGCCUCAAGCAGCUACACCGGCAGGCCACCAACAAGAUGGCGAAGGACCAGGAGGAGCAUAGCAGCCUGAGCCAGGAUCUACAGACCAGGCUGCAGACUGUCACACGUGAGAAAGAGGAGCUGCUGCAGCUGUCCAUGGAGAGGGGCAAGGUGCUCCAGAACAAACAGGCGGAGAUCCGCCAGCUUGAGGAGAAGUUGGAGACAGCAGCCAUGGCCAAGAAGCAUGCACUGGAACGCUUCGAGCAGGAGGCAGUGGCCGUUGAUAGCAACUUGAGAGUCCGCGAGCUUCAGCGCAGGGUAGAUGGGAUCCAAAAGGCUUAUGAUGAGCUGCGUCUUCAAUCGGAAGCCUUCAAAAAGCACAGCCUGGAUCUUUUAAGCAAGGAGAGAGAACUUAAUGCUAAACUCCGCCAUCUCUUUCCAUAA